GCUGCUGGGUGUGGACAGAGAGCUAGUGAAACAAGACCAUGACAAGUCACUGGCCAGCUCAGCCCUGUUUGUGUUUCUCUUUUCUUAGCUCAGUGAGUACUGGGUAUGUGUCACCCUGCCAAAUCCCUGAUCACAAGUCUCCAUGAACUGGCGGUGAGCUGGGAUAAUAAAACCCCUGACAUCACCAUUCCAGAAGCUUCACAAGACUGCAUAUAUAAGGGGCUGGCUGUAGCUGCAGCUGAAGGAGUUGACCGGCCAACUGACCCUACAUUCACCUAGCCACCAUGGACAUCGCCAUCCACCACCCCUGGAUCCGCCGUCCCUUUUUCCCUUUCCACUCCCCCAGCCGCCUCUUUGACCAGUUCUUCGGAGAGCACCUGUUGGAGUCUGACCUCUUCUCAACUGCCACUUCUCUGAGUCCCUUCUACCUGCGGCCACCUUCCUUCCUUCGGGCACCCAGCUGGAUUGACACUGGACUCUCAGAGAUGCGGAUGGAGAAGGACAGAUUCUCCGUCAACCUGGAUGUGAAGCACUUCUCCCCGGAAGAGCUGAAAGUCAAGGUGCUGGGGGACGUGGUUGAAGUGCAUGGCAAGCACGAAGAGCGCCAGGACGAACACGGCUUCAUCUCUAGGGAGUUCCAUAGGAAGUACCGGAUCCCAGCUGAUGUGGAUCCUCUGACCAUUACUUCAUCCCUGUCAUCUGACGGCGUCCUCACUGUGAAUGGACCAAGGAAACAGGCCUCUGGCCCCGAGCGUACCAUUCCCAUCACCCGUGAAGAGAAGCCUGCUGUCACUGCAGCCCCUAAGAAGUAGACUCCCUUUCUCUCAUUGCAUUUUUUAAAACAAGAAAGUUUCCCAUCAGUGAAGGAAAAUCUGUGACUAGUGCUGAAGCUUAUUAAUGCUAAGGGCCGGCCCAGAUUAUUAAGCUAAUAAAAUAUCAUUCAGCAAUA